AUGCUUGACAACUUAUGGGCACUUCGACGAGUCGUCCUUGCUCGUCCGUGGCUCGUCGGAGCGAAAGGAGUUAUCUCUCUACCCAGAAAGCCUCCAAGUUCGUUGUUGGCGAAACCAACAGAACGUGAUUUCAAAUUUCGCGAAGGCCACAUUUCCCAGUACAAAGCAACCCUUGCGACCCUAUCAUUUAACGCUAUUGAAGGCUUCAUGUUCACCCUCCUUGAUACCGUCUUAGGCACCAUCUACUACGUCCAUGUGCAUAGGCCGCCCACGAUCUGUCUGUUUACCGGAACAGAGGGCGGACAAAGGAGGUUCGUCCUGUGCGGUGAGGAAUGCAACAGUAGCGAGCUGCGACGCGAGACGGUGCUCUGUGUGCCGAGCUUCAUCUCUACUCGCAUGAAUGCUUGUGAUUGGGUGGCCCUGGGUGGCGAGAAAUAA